AUCAACCUAGCGACCAUGUUCAGUCAGAUUUUCGCAUUAAUGGAAUAAGAAUUGUUAAAGUCCCGUAAGUACAGUUGCUGAAAGCACAGAUGUAAAGUGUGAAUAUAAUGUUUACUUGUCGUGGAGGUUCGACACUCGGAGACACACAGACAAUUAGCCCUGGAAACCGGUAUACGAUAAUUGUAUGAUUGGACUAGACCGCACUCUCAACUGGGUAACAUUUUGAAUAUUCCUUUAUUGAAUUGUUGUUUGCGUGUUUGAGAUUCAAUUGGAAGGAUUCGGACAUAUAUAACUUUACUGACUACGUCCAAGAACAGACAAAUCAAGCAACAAUAGAGUAUCUAUAUUUCUACCACAACGUGGCGCCACCUAUCAAUAGGCUAUAAUAUGGCAACGGCAUCUGCUCUGUCCCCAAUGACGGACGUCCUCGGAGGGGUACAUCCAACCCCUCCCCCGAAUAUCAUGUGGUACGCCAGCCUUGAUGAUAUCCACAUUAGAGAUACUCUCGGUGAGAAGGAUGGCGAUAUUGGGGUAGUUGGGAUUGCACCGAGACUUAAUAAUCACAAAGUCCACUGGCUACAUGCACUGAACUGCGGCCAUUGUGGUGGGGUCCCCUGCCCCGUGGACCACGAAAAGGAAAAGAGAAUACGAGUGAAAGAUUGGGACUUUGUACGAGAGGUCGUACAUGAGAAGAAGAUUUUAGCUGAACAACUUGAAAAGUUGAAAGAAGAGAUAGCCAUGAUUGCAGAGAAAGAAGCCCAAUGGAGGCUGGACAGACUAAUGCUUCAACGCCAAAUUGAGGAUUAUAGGCUUGCAUCGGAGAAAUGGGCACACGAUAAACAUAUGAUGGAGAUCGAGAUAAAGAGGCUACGAGAAAUCAACGAAAAGAUGGCCCAUGAAAUCCGCCAGUACAAGAAAAGAGAAGGAAAACUAGAGAUGCUAGAAUUACGUUUGGAGUCCAUUCUUGAGGAAUCUGAGAGAUUGAAAGCAGAGAAUAAACGUUUAAAAGACAUCACCUCCAAGCAACUCUCCGAGAUAAUCCAGAUAACAACAAACAACAAACAAUUAGAAAGUGAUCUAAAUGACGCCAAAGACCACAUCAGAAUGUUGAAAUACCAACUUGCAGAUACUGAGAAAGCGCUAGAUGAUAUGAAAAAUGAUACAUCUAAAGAUGACAUGAUAGCAGAAUUAGAAAGGACAGUCGCACGGUUGCAUAGAGACAUUGAUCACUAUAUUGAUAUACAAGCUGAAAAAGAACGUAUGAUCGACUAUCUCACCGGAGAAGUCAACGAUCUCAGGUGUGGGCUAGAAGACUGCAACAAACACAAGGAGUUACUCCAGUUAGAAAUAAUUAGUCUCAGAGAAGAGAUAGCACGACUUCGGUCUCAAUUAGGGGCUGAUAAAAGGUUCAAAACAUUCGUGAAUAUCAAAAGAGAAUUGACAAACGUAAAGGAUCAAAAUGAAGGCCUAAAGGCAAUUGUGAAAUCGGAACAGACAAUACCAGUGUUGAAUCCGCAUGGUAAAUUGUCGUUGGCAAAAGUAGAGAAGCCAUCGGUGAAGGUAGCAACACGGCCGAAGACGGCGAAGAGGUAGCAGAUAGGAAAAAUACGACCAAGGGUUAGCAACAAGGGAAAAGACCGUGAAGAUUUGGCAAUGUGACCAAAUACGACAAAGAGGUGGCACAAAGGAUAAAUACGACCACGUGGUAGCAACAACGGCAAAAAUGCAAGGACCGUGAAGAGUUAGCACCAAGACCAAAUACGACGAAUAGGUAGCACAGAACAUAAAUACGACCAAUGGCUAGCAACAACGGCACUGUUAUUCUUCAAACUUGUUCAAUAAAAAGCAAAACAGAAAUGGCUUUCUUUUGGUACAUUAUUCUGUUGUACAGAAUCCCUCCUUUAAGAGGCGCUUUUCGUCCCCAGCUGUGAGAGCUGUCCUCGCAAAACAUAACUUUAUGAACUCUCUAGUCAACAAGGAGAUAGAAACAAGGCACAAACCAUAAUGCCUGAAGGGGGGGGGGUCUGAUGGCCACCAACAU